AUGGGCAAGCGCAAGAAGCAAAGCAAGGACACGCCCGAAAAAUGUCCUUGGCCCGUCAUACAAGGGGAUCCAGCGCCUUUCUCGCGCUGUGCGGUCUACUUUGUCGAGGGGGAGUGGUACGCUGGCCAUAUCUAUGCCUACAACGCCGAUCUCAAACGCAUCCAAGUGCUGCACGACGCGGAUGGUCAGUACCAUGAGGUGGAGUGGGACGAGGACGCGGCGCGCCUCAUCGCAGACGACCACCCCCGCGCCGGCGGCGGCGACGCCGCUACAGUCGGCGACGGCGCCUCGCCUGCGGCCGCGCGGCGCCGCGAGAUGCAGCGGCUGCGCGCGCGCGACCUGCACUUCCGCGAGACCGUAGCGCUCAACGACGUGCGCGAGGACGAAGACAGGGGACGCGCGCGGGCCGAGCUGGAGCCGGGACCAGAGGCGAUGCGGGUGGCGCGGGCCGAGGCCGAGCGCGAGCGGGUGCUGCGGAUGUUGCAAGAGUGCGACGCCGAGCUUGCAGAUGCGAGAGAUGCGGAAGCGAAGACACGCGUCCGCAGGAGCAACCGCGCCCGCGCCGCGGGCGCCGGCGAGUGGCGGGAGCAGCAGGUGCGCGAGGUGCGCCUGCAGGUGGCGCGCGACAGGGUCAGACUUCAGCAGUUGGAGCAGCAGGAGCAGCAGCAGCAGCAGGAGCAGCAAGAAAAGCAGCAGGAGCAGGAGCAGCAGCGGCAGCAGCAGCAGCAGCAGCAGCAGCAGCUUUCAUCGCAGCCCCAGUCAGACGGCGCCCCACCCGCUGCGCCCGAGGCAGCGACCUCGCCAUGCGCCACGCAACAGGCCGCGGCGCGGCGCGGCAGCGCGGCAUCAAGGAGGGCAGCGGCCGGUGGCGGGGGCGCGCCGCAUCCGACGGCAGCCGAGGCGGGCGGCGGCGCGCAGGCGCACGACGAGCAGCAGACCGGCCUCGGCGGCGCCAGGCGCCGGAUGCGCAGGGUUGCACCAUCAAGCCCCGAGGCAGGUGCGGCGGCCGCCGGCGGUCCCGGGGACGCGCCUGCGCACGCUGUGCGCUCGACCCGGCAGCGGAGCACCAGCCUCAGCGGCCACCCAGCGGUGGCGGUGGCGGGGCCGUUGGCUGUGGGCAGCCCAGAGAGCCCGGCAACGCGCAGCGGCCGCCUGGCCAAUUGUGGGGUGCCUAACGGAGGCUUGCAGCAGCGGGCGGGGCCACUGAUGCUGCUGCCGAAGCGUCGCUCUCUGGGGCCGGGCGGCGCCAGCAGGGGGAGCCUCUCGCCACAAGAGGCGCCGCGGGUCGAAGAUGCAACGGAGGGCCAGCGCGGGGAUGCGGCGGCGGCCGGCAUGGGGGCCGGGCAGGUGGCGGCGGCGGACGCGGCAGCCGGUCUGGGCGAGGAGGGGGCCGGCCCGCUGCUGGAUGGUGGGUCUGCGGGCUGUGAGGGGGCAGAGCAGGGACGUGCGGAAGUGGAGGAGGCAGGGGGUGGCUGUGAGCGGGAGGCCUCGGCUGCAGCCGCUCGACCUGGCGCCGCCGGCGCCGACAGCAAGCAGGAGCGGCGGACCCGCGGCGGCAGGGGGACGGGGGAGGAUUUGCGCCGGCCGCACUCGCGCUUGGAGGAGCCUGAGGGCGCGGCGCAGCGCGACGGCGCAGCUGAGCCGGAGACAGAGCCUGCGGAAGCGCGAGAGCAUCCGCUGGGGGGUGCUGAGGGUGCGGCAUGCGCAGAGGCGGCGGAGGCGGCGCCCCAGGAAUGGCGCCAGGACCGGCCGUUGAAGGUCACGUGCAGGGACCGCGGGCGCGGCAAGUACGACCUGCGGAUGCCAAUUGGGAUGUUCAGGCAGCUGCCAAAGGCGUGGCGGAAAGGGGAUCCCUUCGAUUUGCACCUGGUGGUGGACGGCGUGGCCAGCGGGGUGCCGGCCGCAUGCGCGGUGACCCCGAGCAGCCACGUGUGCGGGCAGCACGCUCAGGGCAUUGUCGGCGUCGUCGGAGAGUCCGCCAGGGCUGAGUGUUGGAGGCUGGAGGGGGGGGCGCGGGUGACGCUGGUAAUCGCAACCGGCGGCGGCGCGCGCCAGGGCGAUGCGGGCGAGGGGCAGGACCAGCAACAGCGCGAGCGGCAGCAGCAGGGGCAGCAGCAGCAGGGGCAGCAGCAGCAGCAGCAACAGGUGCAGGAGGGGCAGCAGGAGCACCGUCUGCAAAAUGGGCACCGAGCGGUCGGCGCUUGCCGGCCGCGUGAGGGCUUGGCGGAGCCCGACGAGAUGGCGCACGCGGCUGGCGCCGCGGGGCAUGCACCGCGGCACGAUGUGACGGAGGCGGGAAGCGGCGUUAUGGCGAGCGGCCGCCGCACGGGCGGCGAGAGGGGCGGUGCCGGUCGGGAGGGCGGUGAGACUGAGCUGCAGGGGCUGCAGCAGCAGCCGCAGAAGGAGGGGGAGGGCGGGGAGGAGCAGCAUGAGGAGGAGGAGCAGCAGCAGGAGGAGGAGCACCAGCAGCACCAGCAGCACCAACAGCUGCACCAGCCGCAGCAGGAGCAGCAGCAGGAGCAGGAGCAGCAGCAGGAGCAGGAGCAGCAGCAGCUGCGGGUGGAGCAGCAGCUGCAGAAGCAGCAGCAGGAACUGCUGCAGGAGUGGGAGCAGCACCAGCAGAAGCAGCAGCAGCAGCAGCAGCAGCAGCAGCAGCAGCAGCAGCAGCAGCAGCAGCAGAAGGAGCAGCAGGAGGAGGAGCAGCAGCCCCAGCAGCAGCAGCAGCAGCAGCAGGACCAGCAAGACGCGCAGCAGCAGCAGCAGCAGCAGCAGCAGCAGCAGCAGCAGCAGCAGCAAGAGGCCAGUGUUGAGCCCCGGGCUGCGGCAGGCCCCGCCUGCGAGCAGGCCCUAGCCUCAGAGGACGAUAUGCCGCUGCUACAGCGCGUCAAGCAGCAGCGCCAGCUCAGCGAUGCUGAGGUGCUGCAGCUGAUGGCCACAGGAAAGCAGAGGGCAGAUGAGAACCCAGGUGCGCAGCUGCCACGCGGCGCGAGGCGGAGAUGGACGGGCGGCAGCGCCGCCGCUGCCGCGGCGCCGUUUCCGGCGCCGCGGGGCGCGUGCGCGGGCCAGCGGGCGGCGCGGAGCGGCAGCGGCGGCGGGAUCACGCGGCUGCCGGCAGAGGCAUGCUCGCCUGACGGCCGCGGCAGGGAGCGGCCGCGGGGCGCGGAGAGCGGGCAGGCGGGCUCCGGGGGCGGCGAGGGCGGGGCGCUGAAGGCCGCGGGGAUCCCCCUGUCGGGCGAGUGCCACUAUGGAGAGCAGCGGCGCGCCGUCGCGGUCCCGCCGCCGCCUGCAGGCUCGCCUGCACGCGCCGCGGCGCCGUUGCCAGCGGCUGGGCCGGGGCGGAGGAUCCAGCCGACGCCCGCGCUUGCCCGCGCCGCGGCCCCGCACGCUCUGCCGCCGCCCCCGGCGGCGCCGGCGGCCCCGGCGGCCCCAACGCGCGUGGCUGCGCCGCCCCCUGUGGCCGGCGGCGUGAGGGCCGCCCCAGUGAGCUACGAAUCCGUCGACGAGGCGAUGCGCGGCGCGGAGGGUGCCCCGCCGCCGGGCGUGCCGCGGCUGAAGGGGUUUGGGCUGGCCGCACUCGACAAAGACUGCACAGCCUGUGUGACCAAGCAGCCCGUCGACCUGUCACGGUGGUGGUAUGGGGCGAGGGUGCCGUGUAUGACCCUCACGCCUGAGGUCAAGGCCGUGGUGGAGCGGCUGGGGCGCGCGGGCCAGCGGCCGAGGAUCCACCUGUUCAAGCAGGACGGCAGGGAGCUGGGGCAGGCCGCCAAGCUCAGCAAGGCCUGCCACGACUGCCAGGGGCAGCACGUGGCCUGGGCCUGCGGGGGCUGCACCUCCCCUUGGUCUUACUGCCAAGCCUGCCUGGAGUCGCGCUACCCGCACCUGUCGGUCGCGGAUCUCAUGCGGCGCUGCCCCAAGUGCCGCGGCAUCUGCAGCUGCCGCAACUGCCUGCGCGCGUCGGCGUUCUGUGCGCCGCGGCACGAGGGCGCGGAGCGGCGCGCGCACGCGGCGCGCGUCAUGGCGCACGCGGCGCCGCAGCUGGCGUUGAUGCUUGGAGACUUUGAGGCCGAGGCCCUGCAGGACGGCCUGGCGCUGGAGUCGGUGCCUGUGGCGCCCCUGGACUAUGCAGAGCGGCCCCAGUGCGACCGCUGCGCCACGAACAUAGUGGACCUGCACCGCAGCUGCCCGGCCUGCACUUGGGACUACUGCGUGCCCUGCUGCGCGGAGAUGCGGCAGGGGGCGGCGGCGGCGGCGACGGCUGAGGGCGGCGGCGGUGCGGCGGUCAAGGCGGCGGCAUUGACGUGCGCCAACCCGCGGUGCGACGGGUUGGAUGAGGCGCGCCGCGCCGCAGCCGUGCGGUUGCUGCGCGAGGCGGCGGCCGGGCGGCCUGCCGGGCGCGCUGCUGGCUGGGACGGCGCUUGCGGCGAUGAAGCCAGCGGGGACGAGGGUGCGGCGGCGGUGUGUGGCGGUGGUUGUGAUGGCCUGGAUUGGCUCGAGGGCGGGGACGGGCCGACGGGCGGCAGCCUGCUGCCGAUCGAGGGCGCGCCGCGGCUGGAGCUCCGGCGGCUGCGCUCUGCGGAGGAGCUGCGGCUGUGGCGCGAGGUGGUGCAGGAGCACGGCAACGGCGGCGCGCCGCCGGGCCCCUCCGCGCCGCCCCCGGGGCUGGAGUGGGUCGCCGGCCCAGAGUGGUGGCGCCAUCCGGCCUGCCCGCACGCGUGGCGGCGCGCGGCCAGCCGGCGGGGGCAGCAAGAUUACCUUUUCACCCCCAGCGCCCAGGACCUGAGGUGGGGGCCUGAUCUGGAAUAUGAGAACUGA